GCUCAGGUGGAAUAGGGGCUGGAGCCGGCCUGGGGAAGCUGGUUUGCUGCUGCGGCUGCGGCAGUGCCCGGGUCCGGCUGCCAGGUAAGGCGACGGUGGGAGAGAAGAGGGCUGCAGGUGGCCGGGUGACAUCUGAUUGCGAGGAUCCGAAGAACCGGGACAAACGGAGGUGGGACGGAAGGAAGAUGCUAGCAGACGCCCUCUCGGAUCCAAGGGCAGCAUGAGCCGAUUCCUGAACGUGCUGCGGAGCUGGCUGGUCAUGGUGUCCAUCAUAGCCAUGGGGAACACGCUGCAGAGCUUCCGGGACCACACGUUCCUCUAUGAAAAGCUCUACACCGGCAAGCCGAACCUCGUGAACGGCCUGCAAGCUCGGACCUUUGGCAUCUGGACGCUGCUGUCCUCGGUGAUUCGCUGCCUCUGUGCCAUCGACAUCCACAACAAGACGCUCUACCACAUCACACUGUGGACCUUCUUCCUCGCCCUGGGCCACUUCCUGUCUGAAUUGUUCGUGUUUGGAACCGCGGCCCCCACGAUCGGCGUCCUGGCACCCCUGAUGGUGGCAAGUUUCUCAAUCCUGGGGAUGCUCGUUGGACUCCGGUACCUGGAAGUGGAGCCGGUGUCCAGACAGAAGAAGAGAAACUGAAGCCAGCGGUGCCACCUCCAGGACUUCACUGCCUUCCGCUCUGUCCUCUCCAUCGCCGCUCUUUCACUUCUUUUCGGCUCCUUCAUCUUCUGGCCUCUUCAGCUUCCAUUGCACACUUUUGAAAUUUUCACAGCAGGCAUACAGAAAAGUAUAUAACACUCACGUGCGGUUAAACACUAAUUUUAGAGUGGAUACCCUAACUCCAUCCGAGCCAAGAAGUUGCCAGCACCUCCAAAGCGCGUCCUUCCCCCACCUGCAGCCCCGCCAGGCUCCCUCCUCCAGCCACUUCGCCUUUGGUUUUCAUCCCUUGUCUUGUGUGGUGGGAACACAUGAACUGCGAAGCCUAAAGCUGCUGCCUGCCCAGAGCAGCCGUGACCAAGGGCUGCCUCGAGGGGUGGCCGUGCAGGUCGGCCUCCUCUCUGCUGCUGGACGCGUGACUCUGAGCCACCCGAGGGACGGGCAGCUCUUCUGAGAAGGGCUCCUCUGUGCGUGAGAGCAGGACCCUGGCUCUCCUUAGAGCCACAAGCGCAUGAGAGCUGGAAGAGUCUGUCCAUUUUUAGACCUUCUGGUCAGCUGUAUUUGUGUAACAACUUUUAUAAUAAAUAGAGGAACCCUCUGCUCCGA